AUGCAGACAAAGCUCGCACAUAUCCGGACACCCUCAACCUGCUUUUUUCAGCAGUUAAAAACCCAAAGAGAUAAAAUCAAACAGUUCGUUCGUCGAAAGGAAAAAUGCAUGGAGCGUGAGAGAGAGAUGGCUCGGCAGUUACUUAAGGAUGGCCGGAAGGAUCGCGCACUUCUUCUAUUGAAAAAGAAAAGAUUCCAAGAGAAUGUAAUCGAAAGAACACUCAAGCAGUUGGAUAAUAUUGAUAGAAUGGUGCAUGAUUUGGAAUUUGCUGAUAUCCAACAACGGGUUGUUGAAGGCCUUCGUCAAGGAAAUGAUGCUUUGAAGAAGAUGAAUGCUAUCUUCGACAUGGACGAGAUUGAAAAAUUAAUGGAGGAAACCAAGGAGGCUGCGGAGUUCCAAGAGGAAAUCUCUGCCCUGCUCACUGGGCAGUUGUCUCCCACCGAUGUCGAAGAAGCAGAGCAUGAGUUGCAGCAGCUGUUGGCUGCUCAAGUUAGCGACGUAGUUCUACCAGACGUUCCAGCUCACGAGCUCCCCCACAGAGAAAAAGAAAAAGAAGCUCCGCAUAAGAAACGAGAAGCGGUUGCAAUGGAACAGUUAAAAACCCAAAGAGAUAAAAUCAAACAGUUCGUUCGUCGAAAGGAAAAAUGCAUGGAGCGUGAGAGAGAGAUGGCUCGGCAGUUACUUAAGGAUGGCCGGAAGGAUCGCGCACUUCUUCUAUUGAAAAAGAAAAGAUUCCAAGAGAAUGUAAUCGAAAGAACACUCAAGCAGUUGGAUAAUAUUGAUAGAAUGGUUAGUUGUGUGCAUGAUUUGGAAUUUGCUGAUAUCCAACAACGGGUUGUUGAAGGCCUUCGUCAAGGAAAUGAUGCUUUGAAGAAGAUGAAUGCUGUGAGUUUUGCAAGGUUCCUCUUUCCAUCGUUUUUCGCAAAACUCAUCUUGUAG